AUGGGUGCUUCAUUGAAAACACCAGGCGGUCCUAGUGACACGAAGCAGAGGAGUAAGUUCGUCCGAUCGAUACGAUCAAACCUCUUCUCCAAUGAGUGUACGCCAGAUCCAACGAGAGAGCGUCAAUCACAUCGACGAUGUAGCGGCGAUGGCGAUGACCGUCGUCGAUAUUCAUUUGGCUCAAUCUCUGGCUCCCCUCAAAAGCCAAUAGAGACACUUGUGUGGAGGGAGGUCGACAGUGAUAUUGUGGAGACAGAAAGGUUCAUUUACCGGCUUGUAGACCGCCAUCGACAUGAAACCCGGAACUUUAAUGGGCGGGCAGCUGACGGCAUAUGGCUAGCACUUUUCCCCACCGCACAAUGUAAGUGCUGCACACUACCGACGGCACAUUUCUACGCCCGGAAGUGCGCUGGGAUCACCUACAAGCAAUUCGACCCCACAAAACCCAGCUGCUGGUCAUCCGUCUAUGGCUCUGACGGCCGUUUCAUGUAUUGGUCAAGGAUACUCAGGGAUAUAAACUCCUAUAUUACUCUCGUACUUACCUCUGGAGCAGACGCUCGCGAGAUCCAUCUGGCUCUGAAAUUAUGGGAUGGGAUGAUGACCCAAGCAGAGAGGGAACUACGACAUGCAAGAGAAGCAGUGGUCGGGUCUGCUAAUGCGAACAUGCCGCUGGUGGCAGGCAAAUGUCGCAUGGUAAGCGCACCUGCACCAACGCCGGCGGACAAGGAUGUGAAGCAAACCGGGAGGAAGAGGAUCAUCUGGGCCAGGUGCCAGAAAUUGAGUUGCAAAUAUCAUGACACGAGGGUGCCGAGGAAGUCCAACGGAGAGCCCACUACUGAGGCUCGAGUCCUUCUCAUGACGUCCGAUCCUAUGAAGAAGGCCGAUAACGUCAAGCAAACUCGACUGCCAGGUCAAUCAAGGCGUUCAUCUCGCCCAUUCGUGCCUAUGAGCGCAAUAGCUGAGCUGGCUGAGGACUAG